CCAAACAAAACACCGGAAAAGAGCCACAGUAGAGUUAAGUUCAAGAAGAUUUCAGAGGAUGACUUACCCAGAAGUCACUAGAUGCCUCCGUUUUGAGGGUCUACCAGGAUCAGAGCCUGCUAUUGUUGAAAAGAACGUCCUGCCACUUCCAGAUAAUGAGAUCCUUGUCAAAGUUCAUGCUGCUUCAAUCAAUCCAUGCGAUAUUCAAUUAUGGAGAUCCGGAUUAGUAGCCGUAGUGGCAGGUGAUAAGGGUAUGGGGAAGGAUUUUUCGGGAACUGUUGUAGCUGUAGGGGAGAAAGUAACAGGUUGGGCGGAGGGUGAUGAGAUAUUCGGAUUGCUGUUUCAUAUUUUUGGUCAAGCUACGUUCAGCGAGUAUAUAAACGUCAAUCCAGCCACUGAUCCUGUGGCCAAGAAACCGAAUUGUCUUACCCACGACCAAGCAGCAGCCAUUCCCUUAGUUGCUCUGACAGCAUACGCCUGUCUCGAAUGGUUACCAGCUCCCUCGUCUUCUCAAAGAAAGGUUAUAAUUCGUGGCGCAUCGGGUGGCACUGGCUCGUGGCUCGUUCAAAUUGCUAAAAUCGUUUACAAUUGUCAUGUCACCGCAAUCUGUUCCGAGAAGAAUACAACAUACGUAAAAUCCCUUGGUGCCGACUCAGCCUUUGAUUACACAGCUGCAAACGUCCCUCAGACACUCAUCUCAAGCCUCAAGGACGAUGCCAAAUACGACCUAAUCGUAGAUUGUGUCGGUGGCACCGAGCUCAUACCCUUCUACCAACAACUCCUCCACUCUCGUGGGGCCUAUCUCAGCAUAGUUGGCGAUAAAACCGACGUCCGCAUAAUGGGCGGUCCAAUAACCUACUUCACCAAUCCCGCUCAAGUUAUACGAUAUAUCAAAGGCUAUAUGUGGGGUCCGAGAUACGCCUGCGUAUCUUUCGUCGAGAAAAGCGAGUAUCUACAGCAAAUCGCUAGUCUUGCCGAGCGAGGCGAGCUAGCCGAUGUUGAGAUCGAGGUGCUGGAGGGUAUCUUUGAUGAGAGGGAAGCUUGGAGAAAGGCUAUCGAUGCUAUGCACAGUAUGCGGGUCAGAGGGAAGGUCGUGCUUGCUAUCCCGUAAUUGUACGGUGUUGAUUGGUGUUACUGUCUGGGUGAAUGGAGUUGUGACGCUUGGCUCGGUUAUCAUCAGUCAUCCCAAGAUGUUUCCAUAUGCAGCCGGAGUUUGAUACAUGAUUGUUGGCUUGUUUGGGUCUAAGGGUUAUGGUGUGCUGUCAAAUCCCGGGACUGGAGGUGCUUGCAGAGGCGACUUCUACACUAUGUCAGCUUUCAAGCUCACUUUAAUCAUGCUCAUGACCAGAUUACUCCAUAAUGUUUAAUUUCCAAAUACCCACAUAUUCAUCCAAGGAGAUACAUUUACCUGAACUCUAAUCACCACCAAGAGCAUUCAUUCGUAAUAAAUCUCCCUUCCGAAGCAUCCCAACCCCUCUCCCCCAUUUCUCCCAACACAGCAGACGCACCCUGGUCAUUUCCCUAAUCGGUUCACAAUCACUCCUCCACCACUAUUGCCGUCCACCUGCUAUAUCCACUCCAGCGUAUUGAAUGUAACACAAGCGGUCCAAGAGCCUCAUUUCGACCGCGGGUACUGGCUUCGGGUAUGUAGUGGUUCGGAGCUGACAUCUCGUCGUUCCUUAGAACCAAUCAGGAGAGAGGCAUCGUGUCUCUAGACUCGGCGUUAGUG